AUGGCGUUCCUGAUCCUCGUGAUCGGCGACCUGCACAUACCGGACCGGGCGCUGGACAUUCCGGCCAAGUUCAAGAAGCUGCUCGCGCCGGGCAAGAUCGGGCAGACGCUGUGCCUGGGCAACCUGACGGACAAGGCGACGUACGAGUACCUGCGCACGAUGGCGCCGGACCUCAAGAUGGUCAAGGGGCGCAUGGACGUCGAGGCCACGUCGCUGCCGCUGACGCAGGUGGUGACGCACGGCAGCGUGCGCAUCGGCUUCCUCGAGGGCUUCACGCUCGUCAGCAACGAGCCCGACCUGCUGCUGGCCGAGGCCAACCGGCUAGACGUCGACGUGCUGUGCUGGGGCGGCACCCACCGCUUCGAGUGCUUCGAGUACAUGGACAAGUUUUUCGUGAAUCCCGGCAGCGCCACCGGCGCGUUUACCGCCAACUGGGUCCCCGAGGACGACGAGGUCGUGCCCAGCUUCUGCCUGAUGGACGUGCAAGGCAUCUCCCUGACGUUAUACGUCUACCAGCUGAGGAAAGACGCCAACGGGGUCGAGAACGUGGCCGUGGAAAAGGUGACAUAUACCAAGCCCGUCGAGCCAACAGGGGCUUCAUAG